GAGGUAGACCCAGAAGGACCGCCUUCUGCUGUUGCCAGGCAACAAGUGUAAACAGCACAGGAUCAUGGCCACGAACUACAGUGCAAACCAGUAUGAAAAAGCUUUCUCACCCAAGUAUCUGCAGAACUGGUCUCCUGCCAAGCCGGUAAAAGAGAGGAUCUCUUCCCACGAGGGUUACACUCAGAUUAUCGCCAAUGAGCGUGGUCAUCUGUUGCCUUCUGUGCCCCGUUCCAAGGCAAGUCCUUGGGGUUCCUUCAUGGGCACCUGGCAAAUGCCUCUGAAAAUACCCCCUGCUCGGGUGUCCCUGACUGCCCGGACAACUGCUGGUGCCGCCUCGAUUACCAAAUGGAUACAGAAAAACCCUGAUUUACUCAAGGCCUCUAAUGGGCUGUGCCCUGAAAUCUUCGGCAAGCCCCAUGAUCCAGACAGUCAGAAGAAUCUCAGGAAGAAAUCUACCACAAAGAUGAUACAACAAGCACCGUGUCCAACCAUAAUUCCAAGUUCCCCAUCUGCUAAUCCUGACUCCCUAGAUGAAUCCAGAAGUUCACACCCCUCUGCAGGUCAUACUCCAGGCCCCCAAACCCCAUGCAACUCUUCUGCAAGUCCACUGGGAAGCCCUGUGUGCCUAGAAGCAGGUCCUACUCCAGCUGGUUCUGCAAACCUGGACCUUCAGAGUGGAUCAAGGGCCCACCCUGAGAAAGUCUGUCCCGUCUGAACUGAAGUAAACAUGAUCCCUGGGUCAGAAUGUGGAACAGAAAUUACUGGGAUGAGUAAAGGCAAAUUUGGAUAAUAAACAUUGUUGACUCUUACUAGAUUUUCACCUGCUACGGCUGCCUCUCACAAAUCAGUUACGAGGGUUGGGGAAAAUAGAGUAGGGAAAAUAACACUACAGUGGUUGAGGUGUAACACAUUUUAACAAGGAUUGAGUCAGUUAUAUUUCAGAAAUGACCAAGAGA